AGCGAAAACAAAGAUGGCGGCCGCGCCGGGGUUGGUGGCCGGGGCCGCUGCGGGCCGACGCGCGGGCCGGGCCCACUGAGGCUGCGGCGCGGUGGGCAGGUUGCGGGGUCGCCGCGGCAGCGAGAAGCCGGCAGGGGCGCGCGGCGACCCUAACUUCCAGCCGGCGAACGCGCCGGCACCCGCCCGCCGGGCCGGCCGGCCGCGAUGUCCGGCGCCGAGGAGGCCGGCGGGGGUGGCCCGGCUGCGGGGCCCGCGGGUGCCGUGCCGGCCGGGGUCGGGGUAGGGGCCGGGCCUGGGGCUGUCGCGGGGCCGGCUGCGGCGGCGCUGGGCGAGGCGGCGGGGCCCGGGCUCCCGGACGAGGCGGGCCUGGCCGGCGCUCGGCAGCUGCAAGAGGCGGCCGGCGACCCUGACGCGCCGCCCAAGAAGCGGCUGCGGGCGGCCGAGGCGGCCGAGGCGGCGGCGGCGGCGGUGGCAGCGGGCAGCGGGAAGCUGGAGGAGCGGCUGUACUCGGUGCUGUGCUGCACCGUGUGCCUGGACCUGCCCAAGGCCUCCGUGUACCAGUGCACUAACGGUCACUUGAUGUGCGCUGGCUGUUUUAUCCACCUACUAGCAGAUGCCCGGCUGAAGGAGGAGCAGGCCACAUGUCCCAACUGUCGUUGUGAGAUCAGUAAGAGCCUCUGCUGCCGGAACCUGGCCGUGGAGAAAGCUGUGAGCGAGCUGCCUUCAGAGUGUGGCUUCUGUCUUCGUCAGUUCCCUCGCUCCCUCCUAGAGAGGCACCAGAAAGAGGAGUGCCAGGACAGGGUGACACAGUGCAAGUACAAGCGCAUUGGCUGCCCGUGGCAUGGCCCUUUCCACGAGCUGACAGUGCAUGAGGCUGCGUGCGCUCACCCAACCAAGACAGGCAAUGAGCUGAUGGAGAUCCUGGACGAGAUGGACCAGAGCCACCGCAAGGAGAUGCAGCUCUACAAUAGCAUCUUCAGCCUGCUCAGCUUUGAGAAGAUCGGCUACACAGAGGUUCAGUUCCGGCCUUAUCGCACUGAUGACUUCAUCACACGCCUGUACUAUGAAACACCACGGUUCACAGUACUGAACCAGACAUGGGUCCUGAAGGCUCGUGUGAAUGACUCGGAGCGCAACCCCAACCUGUCGUGCAAGCGCACACUUUCCUUCCAGCUUCUCCUCAAGAGCAAGGUCACGGCGCCCCUGGAGUGCUCUUUUCUUCUGCUCAAGGGCCCGUACGAUGAUGUGAGGAUCAGUCCUGUCAUUUACCACUUUGUCUUCACCAACGAGAGCAACGAGACAGACUAUGUGCCGCUGCCCAUCAUCGACUCUGUGGAGUGCAACAAGCUGCUGGCUGCCAAGAACAUUAACCUGCGGCUCUUCCUGUUCCAAAUACAGAAGUAGGACAGGCCCAGGCUGCCUGAGGAGCAGAGGGCUGCAGUCCAGUAGUGCUGUCCCACCCCUUCCUAGCUUGGCAGCAGCUUCACACAACUAUCUGAUCAUUUUAGCAAAGGAGGCGAACAAGCAAAAUGAAACCCUGAGAAAGUCUGCAUGCGUGUGCAGGGGUCUCUGCCUCUGGCCCACCUUCCUGCCCUGUGCCUCCCACCUCCUGCAGGCAGCCAGAGGCUGGGCUGACCACAGUGGAAACCGUACUCUGUGCUCCUCAGGUACAGGUGGUGAGGAGGGCGAGAAGCCAGCCACCCUCACCCCAGCUCCCAUCCUCAAUCGAGGUGGCACGGUGGUUCCCUGGCCAGGCUCAGGGGCCCUGGCUAACUUCAGACAGCAUAUUUGAUUGCAAUUAAAAAGGCAGCCUUGUUUCCUACUUUCUGUUUUGUUGGAGGGGAACGUGUGGCUGUGAAUGGACUUGAUGGGAGAUUUGGUUUGGCCUGGUGGUCAGAACCUGUCCUGUCCUUGUUACCGCGCCUGUAUGUGCCCCCCAGGAGAGACUUAAGAGAGACACUGCCUCCCCCACAGUCUCACCUGAGAUUGGGACCAAAGCCUGGCCGGUGAGCCAGAGAGGGUCCCGUCUCCCCCUCCCCCACCCCCCAGCCGUUGACCACUCAGAAAAGCAGGACUUGGCUAGUAGGGCUCAGCAAAUGUUUUCGGAAUGCAGGGUGAAAUUCUGUCUCUUCCAGAAAAAAAUUAAACUCUACAGGCUCUUUAAGUGAUGCGAUUUUAGCUAGAAAUAAUCCAUUCGCUUAACUCAACAGAGAGGGCCCGGUGUCCUCAGGGUGCCAAGGAGACAGUCACUAAUGGUGGCGGGGACAUCACAGGACCAAAGCAGAGCAGUGUGGUUUAUUGCCUGAGCAGGGUGGGCCUUCCCCUUGCUGGGCCGUUGACAGAUGCUGUGGGUGGUGUCUGGAAGCAGGACAAGUAGUAGGGACUCCCAGAAUGUGAAGCAGCCAUGCUUGAUACGGCUAGGCCCGUCCUCUUCCCUCGGCUCCUCAGAGAUACUGAGAAGGGGAAACUUGCCUCCUGCCAUCUUUGCUUAGGAGAUGAGGCUCUUUUAUCAUAGCUUUUCAUUGCUUUAAUACCAAAGAACCGGUGUCCUUGGCCCUGACCAGACCUUCACAUGCCUCAGAGUUCGUACACCCCAAGCAAACUGCCUGGGCCUACACUGCCUUGUGCCUUCCAAGCUAAGGGACAGGGUAGUCCUGGCCAUGUGGGUGUAGUUCCACCGACCCUGACCUUCCAGGGGGCAGGGGGCUGAGAGACGGAGAAAAGGAGCUGUGAUACAGGGAGCAGGCCCUGUCUUUUCCUGAGCACAGCCAGGAACAGACCCGUGCGGCCCUCCUGCUUUCUCUUAAGCUGAAAGUUUUUCAACACCUUGUUGGCUUCCUACAUGGGACUUCAGCAGAUGUGACCUGGCUGGGGGGGGGGGCGGUGAGAAGGCCCAUACUUGCCUUCUGCCUGCUACCAAGGACCCCAUGCCAGAUUCCAGCACAGCCAUGGGAGCAGCGGCCUUUGACUCACACAGCUCCCCGAUGUCUUCUGCCUUUAGGCGUGCUCACCUGGCAGGCACGGGAAUUUUGGGAGUGGGGGGCUCCCUCUGGAAGUCCCUCUUGAUUCCGAGGUGAUGGUAUGAAAAGGCGGGGCAGAGCCAGCUUGCCCUAAUAACCUGUGUCUGGAUGCGUGAGAGACUGACUUACCGAAGGAAGCCUAAAGGCUCCUGGGAAGAAACGGGGUAGGAGGCUUAUUCCCCAUGGGCACAAGCCAGCUGGGACACAGCGGGCGUGAGGAAUGAGGCUGGGCUGGCAGGGUCUCAGAGGCAACAGAGCUUUAGGUAUUUGUGUGGGGGGCCGAGAGGCAUACCCCAGUGCCCAUACAGGGUUGGGGCAGUGCCCAAGUGAGACCCGCCAAGGAGUGUGGUAUGUACGGGUACCCAGGGGAACUGCUUAGGCCUCCACCAGUGACAGGUUCAGUGUCGCCCUACACUAUGACUCAGCCCAGAGGAAGCAGACGUAAAGAAGACUACUAUGUCUCUCGGCUAUGCUAGGGACUGGCAUACAAACUUUUCAGCAUUGUCAUUGUGGGUCCUUUAUUGGGGGGGGGUACCACAUCUCCUGGCUUGUGUCCAGAAUCUUGUUAUCUUGCUGUCCUAACCUGGCUCUUUAUCUGUUGUCUCUGAGAUUGGGAAGAGGGGUUCAGCCUCAGUAGGUGUUGCGGAGGCGGAGGGGGUAGCAUAGGCCAAACUAGGCCCCACCCCUCUUCCACCUGUCUCAUCCCCACUUCCUGUGAGCCCCCACAUCCCUCAGUUUGCCUGAAGUGAGACAUUUACAAAACAAUAAAAGUAAUUUUCUAAAGAGCA